AGGAGGUCCCUGAUGCCGUACGUUUGAAAAAUAAGUCUGCAAUCACCAAAGGGAAUGAAAAUGAAAACAUCAGGAGAAAAAAAAUGGCGUUGAAAGCAUAUUUUCUGAUUAUUUCCUGAUGCAGCAACCUGCUCCCCUCCAUCCAUCUUCUUGCAGCAUGUGUCCUAAGACUGUAUGAAAUACAGUCAGUUUUGCAGCCACCCAAGGGAUAGAGAUUUCAACAGUCUCCAAGCAUGGGGAAAUAGGGAGGAUGUCUGGAAUAUUUAAAGCACAGGGAUGUCGAGAGAAUUCCAGUGGAAAGAAGGGCUUCAUGUAAAAAAAUCUGAUUGUGAAUAUUCAUGAACAGUAAAUAUGAAGAAGCAUGGACAUGAUACAGUCAAACAGAGGAGGGAUACAGAGCAGUUAAAGGAAAGGAACUUUGACAGAAGAGACCAGAGAUCUCCUAGCAGAUUUAGAAAAAAAAAAAAUCACAAAAACACGGAGCAAAGUUUUGGAAUCAAUCCUCUGCUUUAUUUCCAAACUGUCCUGCUGCCUGGGCAAUUUUAUCUUCCUUGCUGCUAUCUUCAAAGGUUUGUGCACAUAGAGUGUUCCCACAUCACACAAAACAAGAUUUCAGAACUGUAAAGUAAAAUCAUAAAUAAAGUACACAAAAUGUUGUGCCCAUGGCAGUUUGUAUUCAAACCUCAUGCUGCCAAGAACCAGUUUUCUGAACAGAAGGAUAUCAAUAAUAACGUGGAGAAAAAUAUUAAGGUCCACGGCUUAGCAAAAGAUGAUGCCAAGUUAUAUGAUCUGAGCAAGAAGAAGAUAGAGAUGCCACCUGUCAUAACUUCAGCAGAGAAACGCCCACCAAAUGCUGUCAAAGCAUCAAACCAAGUAUCAAGAUGUCCAAGACAUGUGAAAAUAAGAAACUUGGAAAAUGGAACCAGCUUUCUUGACACUUUACAUCUGACAGCAAAAGAGGUUAUCAAUUGCCGGACCAAAGCUUGCCAAGGAGCACUUAUGACCCCCAAAGGCCUGGUGAGAGGCACUAGAGAUGCACAGGUUCCACCAGCGGAGCUUUUGCCUCAGGCAAUAGAUUUUGUCAAGCAGUACUACAAUUCCUUUAAAGAUUUAAAAAUAGAAGAACACCUGGCCCGACUGGAAACAGUGACCAAAGAGAUAGAAACAACAGGAACCUAUCAUCUGACAAAGGAUGAACUGAUCUUUGCUACCAAACAGGCCUGGAGGAAUGCUCCAAGAUGUAUUGGGAGAAUCCAGUGGUCCAAUCUACAGGUAUUUGAUGCACGUGAUUGUAAAACAGCCAAGGAAAUGUUUGAGCAUAUCUGUCGUCAUAUUCAGUAUGCAACAAACAAUGGAAAUAUCAGAUCAGCCAUCACUGUCUUCCCCCAGAGAACUGAUGGGAAACAUGAUUUCCGUGUUUGGAACAGUCAGCUCAUUCGAUAUGCUGGGUAUCAAAUGCCAGAUGGGUCUAUCAUAGGAGACCCUGCCAGUGUGGAGUUCACACAGUUAUGCAUUGAACUUGGGUGGAAGCCGAAAUAUGGCCGCUUUGAUGUAGUUCCACUCAUUCUCCAAGCAAACGGCCAAGACCCAGAAAUAUUUGAAUUCCCACCAGAAAUUAUCCUUGAAGUGCCAAUGGAGCAUCCAAAAUAUGAAUGGUUUAAGGAGUUAGAUCUGAAGUGGUAUGCACUGCCUGCUGUUGCCAACAUGCUUCUUGAGGUGGGAGGCCUGGAAUUUACAGCGUGUCCUUUCAAUGGCUGGUACAUGGGGACAGAGAUAGGAGUGCGAGACUUCUGUGAUGUACAGCGGUACAAUAUCCUGAAGGAGGUAGGAAGAAGAAUGGGACUGGAAACAAACAAACUUUCCUCAUUAUGGAAAGACCGAGCUGUUGUAGAGAUUAAUGUGGCUGUGCUUUAUAGCUUCCAAAAACAAAAUGUUACUAUCAUGGAUCACCACUCUGCUGCUGAGUCAUUCAUGAAAUACAUGCAGAAUGAGUACCGCAUCCGAGGAGGCUGUCCAGCUGACUGGGUGUGGCUUGUGCCUCCUAUGUCAGGGAGCAUUACUCCAGUGUUCCACCAGGAGAUGCUGAACUACGUCCUCACUCCCUUCUUUUAUUACCAGGUGGAUGCUUGGAAAACACAUCUCUGGCAUGAUGAGACCCGGAGGCCAAAGAAAAAAGAAAUAAAGCUUAGCAUCUUGGCAAAGUCUGUAUUCUUUGCAUCUUCACUCAUGCGAAAAACAAUGGCAACCAGAUUCAAGGUCACUGUGAUCUAUGCAACAGAGACUGGGAAGUCUGAAACGCUGGCCAACAGCCUGUGCAACUUGUUCAACUGUGCCUUCAACACUAAGGUUCUGUGCAUGGAUGAGUACAAAAUCUGUGACCUGGAAAAAGAAGCACUCCUUUUAGUGGUUACCAGCACUUUUGGAAAUGGAGAUUCUCCAAAUAAUGGAAAGACAUUGAAGAACUCCUUGUUGACCCUUAAAUUUCUGAGAAAAAAAAUUAGAUAUGCUGUGUUUGGUUUGGGGUCCACCAUGUAUCCAGAGUUCUGUGCCUUUGCUCAUGCCAUUGAUCAAAAACUAGCCCAGCUAGGGGCUUCUCAACUGACUCCAGUAGGUGAAGGAGACGAACUCAAUGGGCAGGAGGAAGCUUUUCGCAGCUGGGCAGUCAAUGCAUUCAAGACUGCCUGUGAUAUUUUCAACAUCCGUGGGAAAAACAGUAUUCAGUUGCCUGGGAUAUAUACUUCAGAUGAAAGCUGGGAUCCUACGAAUUACAGAGUAGUACAUGACUCUCAAACCAUGGACUUGACUAAAGCACUUACAGACGUUCAUGCAAAGGAUGUAAUUCCCAUGAGGCUGAAAUUCCGGCAGAAUCUGCAGAGUUUAAAAUCUAGUCGUGUUACCAUCCUGGUUAAGCUUUCCUGUGAGACUAAUCAGGAAGUGCACUACCUGCCUGGAGAACAUAUUGGGAUUUUCCCAGGCAACCAGCCAGAAUUAGUCUGUGGCCUCAUUGCACAUGUCAAGGAUGCCCCACCAGCUGAUCAGACUAUCAGACUUGAAACGUGCACUGAUGGUGGCUACUGGGCAAGUGACAAAAGACUUCCAGCCUGCACACUCCCCCAGGCUUUGACAUACUUGCUUGAUAUCACUACUCCACCCUCUCAACAACUGCUAAGAAAACUCUCCCAGCUGGUAACAGAGGAAGGAGACAAAGAGAGACUGGAAGUCUUAUGUAGUAACACAGAAGAAUACAAUAAAUGGAAGUUUUACAACAGCCCUAACAUCCUGGAGGUCCUGGAGGAGUUUCCUUCUGCAGAGAUCUCAACAUCUUUCUUACUGACUCAGCUGCCGCUUCUGAAACCCAGGUACUAUUCUGUCAGUUCCUCCUGUGACAUGACACCCAGAGAGAUUCAUCUGACAGUUGCAGUAGUCAACUACAAGACAAGAGGUGGGCAAGGGCCUUUGCACCAUGGAGUUUGCAGUACAUGGCUGAAUACAGUACCUAUCAAUGAAGUAGUCCCAUGCUUUGUACGCAGUGCUACUGGGUUCCAGCUCCCAAGGGAGUCAACCAAGCCGUGUAUUCUAGUUGGUCCAGGAACAGGAAUUGCGCCAUUCAGAAGUUUCUGGCAGCAGCGUCUCUAUGACUUGGAAAAGAAAGGAGUCAAAAGUGGUGACAUGACAUUGUUGUUUGGCUGCCGGCAGCCAGACAUGGAUCACAUCUACAAAGAAGAAAUGCAGGAAAUGAAGAGGAAAGGAAUCCUGAAAGAGGUCUAUACAGCUUACUCCAGGCAGCCUGGCCAAGCUAAAGUCUAUGUUCAAGACAUUCUUCAAAGCAAGUUGGAAGCUGAAGUAUGCAGCCUCUUGCAUAAGGAAGAAGGGCAUCUGUAUGUCUGUGGAGACGUACGCAUGGCCAGGGAUGUUGCUCGGACCUUAAAGGGGAUGCUUGCGAGUAAACUGAACCUUACUGAGCAGCAGGCAGAUGAAUAUAUUUUCCAGCUAAAGAGCCAAAAGCGAUACCAUGAAGAUAUAUUUGGGGCUGUUUUUCCACCUGAAGUCAAAAGAGAUGUAAGAGCUUUGCAAUCCAUCAGUCCUCAAGCAGAUCAACAAACGAUGUUUUAGACAGUUCUUGCACAUUUGUUAUUAUUUUCAAAAAGGAAGGGGCCAAAUCCUCCUUCUGAUUCAUGGCAAGUCAUACACAUGUAUCUAAUGGUAGGAUUUGGCCUUAAUUAAGAAAAAUAAUAAAUCUAACUUUUGUUGCUAUUUAUUUUUAGACUUCUUUUAAUGGAUUUUUAUUAUUAUCUUUAUAGUGAAGAUGCAAAUUAUUUUUUUAAUUCCAUCUAGACUGGUAUAAAUUUGCAAUUUUCUGUAAAUACAAAAUAAAACCUGCUCAUAAGGAAAAUUUAGAGUUUUUUACUAUGUAAUAGAAUGCAUAUAUUUUUGUGAAAUGGACUGUUUAUCUACGUGGAUUUAUUUAUAUUGGAUUGAUUUAGUGUGCAUAUUAUCUUCACUUUAAAGCAAGUCGUUACAUUUCUUGGAAAUGUGUAGUCACACCAGUUAUUGAAUUUGAAGUAAUGUUUGUAAAUGAGAUAAUAAUACAAUGGUUCCAAAGCAGAAAUACCUGCUGCAUGUACUUCAAAUGCAUACAUAUGAGGAGGCAGCAGUUAUGAGUUCUGCUUUAUGUGAUUCAGCACUUGGACCUGAAUUGUUGCUGUUACAAAGCCCAUGGCAAUGAGGUUCAGAAAAAUCAUAAGCACUUUGUAUGUUUGUAUUCUGUUCUCUGACUUACAUGAUUUGUUUGUAAUAAAUGAUGCCUUUAUAUUGAGACAAACAA